ACUGGUCAAGGUGAUUUAGUCCUGAUAGAAGGUCCACAGGACAGGGCUGUGUUAUCUUGGCAGAAUGCUGAGUUGACUUGUCAUAUUGACACUAUUGCAUCUGGGGCUAAUCAUGUUGUGCAGUGGAUAGGAAACUCUAUCAGAACAGGAGCUGGUAGACCAAUAUCAUUUAAUGAAAGGAUUACGUUGACUGACAUACCAGACAAAUUCUCUAUAAGUACAGAGAAACCAUACAAUCUGGUUUUACAGACCACUGAUUUGGAUGAUGCUGGGAAGUACCCUUGUAAUAAUGUACUAAAGGGACAACCUAUAGGUGACAUAGAGCCUCAGUUGGUUGUGCUUG